AUGCUGUGUGAUCCAGGUGAUGUGGUCCUGAUCGAAGACAGAUCAUAUCCAACUGCUAUGGAGACUUUGAAGCCUAUGAAGCUUUCAGCGUUUCCGGUUCGUAUUGAUCACGGAGGAAUUGUAGUGGAAGAAUUGGCUUCUGUGUUGGAGAAAUGGGAAGGAAAGCUCCCCAAGUGCAUCUACACCAUGCCCACCGGGCAAAACCCCACUGGGGUGACCAUGUCUCUUGAACGCAGAAAGUCUUUUUAUGCCGUUUGUCAGAAGUAUGACAUUAUCAUCAUUGAAGAUGACCCUUACUAUUUCCUUCAAUUGGGUGAACCAAGUGCCAAGGGCCCUGACGGAGAGUUUUCUGCAUCUAAUCUACUGAAGGGUCUCAUUCCCAGUCUGUUGAGCCUGGACACCGACGGAAGAGUUAUCCGUUUUGAUUCGUUUUCAAAGGUGAUGGUUCCUGGAUCAAGAACUGGAAGUAUCACCAGUAACAAAACUUUUGUGGAAAGAAUUAUCAGACACAAUGAGGUGAACAUCCAGUCUGCUUCAGGUUUCUCUCAGUUGAUUCUCUACUCGAUUCUUUCACGCUGGACCCAUGAUGGAUACCUCCAAUGGCUUGAAAAAAUACGCCUCGAGUAUACCCGUCGUCGUGAUGCUCUAAUGGCUGCAUUUGACAAGUACUUACCCAAGGAUCUUUGCUCAUGGAAUCGCCCUAACAGUGGAAUGUUCCUUUGGAUUGAUGUCAAUUUGGCUGCAUUUCCAAGACCAGCUGGUUUGACUGAUGAGGAGUUUGCAGCUGACUUUGAGGCACGUGCCUUUGAAAAGGCCGUGGAAAAUAACGUUCUUCUGGCCAAGGGCCAAUGGUUUAUCGUUCCUCCAUCUUCAAUGCUGAAGCAUGCUGGGUUCAGAGCCACUUAUGCCGCAGCCUCCGACGAGCAGAUGAUUUUAGCGGCUCAGAGACUGGCUCAGACUCUCAGAGACUUGCUUGUGUAA